GUGACACUUGUGACAGCCUUGUAAAGUUGCGGACGCGUGAAUCUAUUUGUGAGGUGGGCCAGAUGGAGAAGUCUAAAAACUUUCGAAUCGACGCGCUUCUAGCUGUCGAUCCACCAAAGGUGCAAACCUCGCCGCUGGCGCUGGUCACCUCCCUCUCCACAUCUUCCAUAUCAUCCUCCUCCGAAAGUGUCCAGGCGUCAGAUUUGAACACGAACUCCGAAGCUCUUCGGAACGAGACUCCUUCGCCCCCCAGAAUAUCUUCCUGCGGCUUGAUCCCCAAGCCGGGUUUCUUAAAUUCUCCACAUUCGGGCAUGGUCGGACUACACCCUCAGAGCAGCACCGGGAUUCCUCCUCAAGCUCUCUACGGUCAUCCAAUGUACACAUAUUCAGCAGCAGCGCUCGGUCAGCACCCGGCGCUGUCGUACUCUUAUCCGCAUGGGUCGCACCAUCAUCAUCAUCAUCAUCCCAAUGACCCCCUCAAACUCACCGCCAGCUCCUUUCAGCUAGAUCACUGGCUGAGGGUCUCAACUGCGGGAAUGAUGCUGCCCAAAAUGGCAGAUUUCAGUGGCCAGGCGCAGUCAAACUUACUCGGGAAGUGCAGAAGACCAAGGACCGCGUUCACAAGCCAGCAGCUCCUUGAACUUGAGCAUCAGUUUAAGCUCAAUAAAUAUCUAUCGAGACCAAAACGCUUUGAAGUGGCCACAUCUUUAAUGCUAACAGAGACACAGGUGAAAAUCUGGUUUCAGAACAGGCGUAUGAAAUGGAAGCGCAGUAAGAAGGCUAAAGAAGCCGCUCAGGAGGCCGAGAAGCAGAAAGGCAAAGGGAACCAGGAUAAAAUGGACGGACUUGAGAAGGACUUCCAGAAGGUAGAUUCAGUGAAAAGUAACCGAAUACGGGACUUUAGAGACAGUGACGACGAAGAAGGAGAAAAUUACAUGCUGAAUUCAUCUGAUUGUUCGUCCGAGGAUGAACUAACCAAUGCCAGUGAUAUAAGUCCACAACCAUGAGACUUCAUUUACAAAAAAACACCCAUAAAAGAGAAGUAUGUGAUAUGCAUGUUAUCAUCUUGCAGUCAUUAUGGAAAUGCUGAGGUGGACGUGUCUACAUGAACUGUUUUCAAACAUCGACGGAUACUUCUGAAGGUAGACUGAUAGGCUAAAGGUUGCAAAGCAUGUGGUAAAAUCGCAUCUCAUCAAGCAAAAUAGAUGAGUAGGCCUAUCACUAUCAGUAAUAAUUAGCAUCAUUAAGACGAUCAUAUUCGAUAACCACUUAUUAUUUUCUGAAAUCGAGUGGGAUAAAAAUAACAAUCUACAGCCAGAACCAUAUGUGAUGUUUAUUUUUAUACAAUGUAUUUAUAACGAAAUUGCUUUUAAAAUGCAUGUAAAUUAUUGUUUAGGUUUAUCAGUUACACUUUGUGAAUAAAAUUUAA